AUGUACCGAUUCGCGGCACGGGACGGAUUUUUCUCGCUUUGGUCGGGACUCUCAGCAUCAAUAUUUCGACAGACGACCUACUCCACUGCACGGUUCGGUCUAAACAACUACUUUGCGCAACGGGUGAAACAAUGGACUGGUAAAGAAAAGUUGACGACAGCGAUGACAAUAUCAUGUGCUGGGUUGUCCGGAGGUAUGGCGGGGCUAGUGGGAAAUCCUGCCGAGGUUGUCCUCGUCCGAAUGUGCGCCGAUGGAGCAAAGAACGUCGGCGAGCGGUUCGCAUACUCCAAUGCCAUCGAGGGCCUCUACAGGAUAGGAAGGGAAGAAGGGCUGGGCGCAUUCACUAGAGGCAUCUCCGCCAACGUUGUUCGCAGCGUGCUCAUGAGUAACAAGCUAAAGCACGAAAACAGAUACUCGACGGCAAAGCGGAUCCUCUUGCAAAACACUGAGAUGAAGGACGAUAUCAAAACGCACGCCGUUGCCUCUCUCUUCGCGGGAACCGCGGCGACGACGAUAUGCGCGCCGGCCGACGUUCUCAAGAGCAGGAUCCAAAGUGCCGCCGCGGGAGGUCCAGGGGCGAACUCUCUACUUCGCAUCGUGCAAAACGGCCUUCGUGAAGAGGGUGCGGUAUUCCUCAUGAAGGGAUGGACUCCGGCGUGGCUAAGACUGACGCCAAACACCGUCCUGACGUUUGUAUUCAUGGAGCAGCUGCGGCAGCUGACUCAGUGGCAGUUCACUGCCCCGGUUGAGACAAUGAAGGCCUGA